GCGUGGGAGUGCUGGCCUGUGCGCAUCGGCGCCUCGUCCAUGCCGACGACAGCUCAAUUGUCACGACACCUGCAUAACAAACAUUAGUGCUACACUGGCGAGAGCAGCUUCGAAAAACACGCUACUCAAAACUCUUUCCCACCAACGUCACACUCAGCAAACAUGUCCCAAAGCCCGGCACCAGAGAGCAACGGCGACUCGAGAGAUCCCAGCGGCUUCUUGAGCGAGAUCAUUGGCGCUCCCGUUACGGUUAAGCUGAACUCUGGCAUCGUUUAUAAGGGCGACCUUCAAUCCGUCGAUGGCUACAUGAACAUUGCUCUCGAGCGGUGUAAGGAGGUCUCAGAAGGACGUGUCACCCGCAACUGGGGCGAUGCGUUUGUGCGUGGCAACAACGUCACAUACAUCUGCGCCGACAACGCAUGAAGAGAAAUACAGGAAUAGUCGAAUACACGCGCCUUCGAGUGACGAAGUCAUGAAGAUACCAUAUCCGCAUUGUUCAUGAACUUAGUUCAAUUGACCGAUUGAGAUAUGUGAUUGCCUUUUGUACUUGCCAAACUAUGACAGUACAUGUUUGAUCCAUCACUUGUCGUCUUGUAUAAGAGUAAGAUGUGGACCGUUUCUUAAAUUCCAUUGAAUUGCCUAGUCGAAUGUCAAAUGGACUCGUUUUGGUACUCGAGUCCCCUCUUUCAGUCCCACUCUAUCGUCGCUGUUUGGUUGAAUUAAAUUCUCAAUAUGUCCGACGCUUUCACCGCAUCUUCAACU